AUGACCGAAGUUUUCCUUGCCCGUCGAUUUCUUCAAGGUGUGGUACCUGCUUCUCCGCGAUAUGCAGUUGACAAUUUUUCCGGUGGUGGUGCGAAGGAAUUGUCUGUGCAUAAAGGGGAGGCAGCAGCGGAUAAGGAGGACGAAGAGGAAGAGGAGGAGCUUCUGGAUUCGUGGGCUCUUGGUACACUGAUCCUAGCUGUUACUCUCUUGAACUGGAACGAGUCUUCUACAGAGGAUUGCAGGCGGUUGGAUACAUAGAACAAAUCAAACAACCCCAUCAAUAUUUUACUGGAAGAUAAUACUUGUGUUAGCUCCUUGAUGACACUAUCUUUAUGCCCUCUUUCUGGAAAAGCUUGAAAAGGAAAGAUAGAUUUAUAUAAUUUCUUAUCAAAAAGAUUGAACAUGUUUUCUUUAAGGCCGCAGUUAUGAUUGUUGUUGGCAGGUUAGGAAAUAUUGAAUAUGAGGUCUGCCGGGAUGAUAGUGGGAACAUACAUGCAUUUCAUAAUGUUUGUCACCAUCACGCUUAUCUGCUGCUUCUGGGAAUGGGGAAAAAUCUUAUUUAGCUUGCCGCUAUCAUUUGAGUACUCAGAUUCAGGAUCAUAAACUUUUCAGUUGAAAUUAGUGAAGGAUAUCCAAGUUGAAAAGCGAGUCACUUGCAUUGCUUUCCAUCAUGUUACAUGAGCAUUUUACUGAUUUCAAACAAAGCCAACUUGGAUAAAUAUAUUCCUGAAGAUUCAAAAAUAGUCGCAAUGCUAUAGAACUUUCUGUGUGUUGUUUGUAGAAAUUAUACUGUCGAUGUCUGAAUCUUGUCAAACUUCUUGCAUAUGUUUAUCUCCUGUGGCUUAAAUCUCAAAUAUAAGAUUGGCAUUUUUUCAGGAAAAGUUUUAAAAAGAUUAACAGAUACGUUGCACCAUAUUGGACCUUUUUUUUUUUUUCAAGUGGAUUAAUAGUGGUUCUGACGUAGGACAAAACGUGGUGGUUAAGAAAAUCAAAACUUAGGCUGAUUAAAGAG